CUGUUGAUGCAGUAAUGGAGGAUGAAGAUUUGGGAAGUAGAAGGGAAAGGAUCUUUUCACUUUCCACUGGAAGUGUCCGUGCACGUGUGUUUGACCGCUUUUUGUUUGAUACCCCAUUUACGAAAAAUGGCAAGACCCAGGGUGGAUUGGAAGACCAAUGGAAGAGGCGAAGUGUGCUUCAGACUGAGGGCUCCUUCCCUGCCCAUGUGAAUAGGCUCUUGGUAAUUAAAUCUGAAUCUCUUGAGUUCUCCCCAGUAGAAAAUGCAAUUGGAAUGAUUGAAACUCGGACAGCUGCACUACGAAAUGAGCUUGAAGAGCCUCGCAGUUCUGAAGGUGAUCAACUCCCUCGUCUCCAGAGUCUACAGAGAAUUCUUCAAGGCAGUGUUGCUGUUCAAGUGAACAGUGGAGUCCUAAGUGUGUGUACGGCCUUCCUGUCUGGUGAGCCUGCAACGAGGCUGCGUUCACGGGAAUUGCAGCAACUCAUUGCUGCACUCCUUGAAUUCAUGGCUGUUUGCAAGCGGGCCAUUCGGGUACACUUCAGAUUGAUUGGAGAAGAAGACCAGGAAUUCCACACACAGCUUGUGAAUGGAUUUCAGUCCCUCACUGCAGAGUUAUCUCAUUACAUCCCUGCCAUUCUCUCAGAGCUUUGACAAUGUUGUAGCAUAAUUUGUUUUUGGUUCUGCUUGAUUUGUCCAUAUUAUUUGUUUUCUUAUU